AUGUAUAUUAUAACUGUUUUGUUGGUUGUUCUUGCAACGUGUUAUGGUGCUCCUCAUAAGUCCAAGGAACCUGUUGCUUGUGGAUAUGAUUCGUGUAAUUUAGGUCAAGCCGAUAAACUUAAUGUUCACAUUGUUGCACAUACUCAUGACGAUGUCGGGUGGUUGAAAACUGUCGAUCAAUACUUCUAUGGAGCUCGAAAUAACAUACAACAUGCUGGUGUACAAUACAUUAUUGAUUCUGUUAUACAAUCAUUAGUACAAAAUCCUGAUAGACGUUUUAUCUAUGUUGAAAUGGCAUUUUUUUGGCGUUGGUGGAAUCAACAGACGGAUGAUAUGCAAGCAACUGUCAAAGGGCUUGUGAAUGAUGGUCGUUUAGAAUUUAUAUCGGGCGGUUGGUGCAUGAAUGAUGAGGCAGCGACACAUUACAAUUCCAUUAUCGAUCAACAUACUCUUGGUUUUGAAUUUUUAAAAAAUAGAUUUGGUGAAUGUGCAAGACCAAAAAUUGGUUGGCAAAUUGAUCCAUUUGGACAUUCUCGUGAAUUAGCGUCAUUAUUUGCUCAAAUGGGAUUUGAUGGUUUAUUUUUUGGACGAGCUGAUUAUCAAGAUUACGAGCAACGAAACAAAACAAAAACAAUGGAAAUGGUUUGGAAAGCAAGUGACAAUCUUGAUCGCAAAUCAUGGUUGUUUACAGGACUGUUACCAAACGGCUAUGGUCCACCAGGAGGCUUUUGCUUUGAUACAUUUUGCGGCGAUCAACCUAUUAUGGAUGAUCCACGUCUUCAUGAUUAUAACGUUCCUGAGAAAGUAAACGCGUUCAUAAACGCUGCUCAUGAUGAGGUACGAGGUUUUGCUACAAAUCAUAUUAUAAUGACAAUGGGUAGUGAUUUUCAAUUCGAAAAUGCAAAUGAAUGGUUUAAAAAUUUAGAUAAAUUAAUACGCUAUGUCAAUGCACAGCAAGUAAAUGGUAGCGAUGUCAAUGUCUUUUACUCAACUCCGUCAUGUUAUUUGUACGCAUUAAAUAAAGCUGGACAUACAUGGACAACAAAAACUGAUGAUUUCUUUCCAUAUGCACAUCAUCCACAUGGUUUUUGGACUGGUUAUUUUACAUCUCGAGCAGCACUAAAACGUUUCGAACGUUAUUCGAAUAAUAUAUUUCAAGCAGCAAGACAAUUAAAUGCUUUCUCAGGAGUUAAUGAUCGAGAUAGUUUAUUUCCUUUACAUGAAGCCUUAGGAGUAGCACAACAUCACGAUGCUGUCAGUGGAACAGAAAAACAACAAGUGGCAGAUGAUUACGCUAUGCGAUUACAAUAUGGAAUUGACAGAGCUUUUGAAGUCAUAAAUGCUUCAAUAGCUAAAUUAAUAACUAAACCGGAAAAACCAGCACCAAUGACACCACAAUUUUUAUGUCCAUAUUUGAAUAUUAGCGAGUGUUUGCCAAUCGAAAAAGCAGAACGGUUUACAUUAACACUUUAUAAUCCAACAGUUCAUGUAAGAACACAUUUUGUUCGUAUACCAGUUACUAAUGAUUAUACAGUUAAAGGUCCAGAUGGUCAAAUUAUAAUGACAAAUUUAUUAAAAAUUCCCCAAGCAACAUUCUCUAUACCUGGACGAAAAAGUUUUGCUGAAGUGCAAUUAGAAUUUAGAACUGUUUUACCAGCGUUAGGUUUUAAUACAUAUUUUUUUGAACCGAAAAGUGACCAAGAAUCAUUAAUUAAGAACAUAGUUAAUGAGAAAAUAUCGACAAAUGCUGCAUGUAUUCUUCAAAAUCAAAAAGUUCGUGUUGAAUUUGAUGAAGCCGGAAAUUUGAAGCAAAUAACGAAUUUGGAGAAAAGCAUAGUUGUUCCGAUAACACAAGACUUUUUCUAUUACCAAUCUUUUCCUGGCAAUAAUUCAAGAUCAGAAUUUCAAGCAUCUGGUGCUUAUAUCUUUCGUCCUGUCGCUCAAACUCCAAGCCCUCUUAGUACUACACGUAAAAUAACUUGUGUGCAAACUGAUACAUAUCAAUCAGCACAAAUCAUUAUCAAUGAUUGGGUUAGUCAACAAAUUAGCAUUCAUGACGCUCAAUCAGUUGUUGAAGUAGAAUGGACAGUUGGCCCAAUUGAUAUUAAAGAUUCUGUGGGAAAAGAAAUAAUUGUACGCUAUGACACAGAUAUUAAAAGUGAUAAAAAAUAUUAUACGGAUGCAAAUGGUCGAGAAAUACUUGAACGUGUAAGAGAUUUUCGUCCAACGUGGAAUUAUACCAUAGCCGAACCAGUCAGUGGCAAUUAUUAUCCCAUUAAUAGUAGAAUCUAUAUUAAAGAAGCUGGUAGACAAUUAACGGUAUUGACAGAUCGUUCAGAGGGUGGUGGAAGUAUCAACGAUGGUUCUAUUGAAAUUUUAGUUCAUCGUCGUACAUUGUACGAUGACUCUUUAGGUGUUGGUGAACCACUCAACGAAACAGCUUAUGAUACUGGUCUUGUUGUACGUGGACGACAUUGGCUAAUUAUUGAAACUCCUGAAAAGAGUGCAUUGUCACAUCGUGUUGUUGCACAAGAUCUCUAUAUGGCGGCAAUACCAACAUUCUCUCUAAUCAAAUCAACAUAUGAAGAAUAUUCUCAAAAUUAUCGCACAACAUGGUCAGCAGUAACGGAAUCAUUACCACUAAAUGUACAUCUAUUAACAUUUGAUUUACAAGAAAUAACAGCUGAAAAUAUUGGCAAAUAUUUAGUACGCGUCGAACAUUAUUUUGAAAAUAAUGAAGAUACAGAUUAUUCAAAACCGGCCCUAGUCGAUUUACAAACAUUAUUUACCCAAGGAAAAAUUACUGAUAUGGUUGAAUUAACAUUAGGUGCUAAUUUAGAAUUAAAAGAUUUAAAUCGUUUACAAUGGACAACAGCUGAUGGCAAGUCGUCUAAAUCGUCAAAAUCGUCACUGUUUAAAGAAUCUAAUUCAUUAAAAGCAACGACGAUUAUCUUAAAUCCAAUGGAAAUUAAAACAUUUCUAAUUUCAGUGCAAUAA